AUGCGCUCUUGCGGGUCCUCUGCUGCGUUGGAAAGCUCUGGCUUAUUGGCUUCUCCCUCUCCGUCUUCUUCUCCCACUGCGGAUGGUGCUGGCGCUGUUGCUGCUGGCUGCGGCCGUUAUUACUCCCGAGCAUACCAAGUCGUCGAGGCCCCUGCCCUCUUAAAAUCUUCCCGUUCUCCCCGUUCCUCCCCCAUUUCUGCCCACACUGCCCACACUGCCCACCGCCUGCGCCCACGUGGUCUCUCGUCCUGGCUUGCUGCCCUGGCUGCUCUCCCCAGCGCAGGCACACAGCUGAAGAACAUGAUAGCGUCAUCUCCCACGUCGGCUGCGCUUCUGCGCACUGAUUCUGCCCGUUCGCCUGCCAGUAGUAAUAUUGCCUUCCCUGCCUGCACUCAUUACUACGGUACCACAACUUCCCCCCCGCCAACAAGCCACCAUCAUCCACAUCUGCCUCCACCUCCUUCCCCAAGCAUCUCACGGCCUCGACGCCCCUUGUCCGAUCCUCAGCACAGUUUUGGCAUCGAGGAAAUACGAUCCGCCUUGCGGAGGCAGACCGUGGACGUCGGGACUCAGUACUCGCCCCCCCCCACCCCGGCAAAUAAACCUGCCCCUCCUCCCCCGCCCGUCUCAGCGGCUAACGAGACAAAAUUCACCGAUAAUAUCACCAAUGCCCAUUCGGGCCCACAGCAGGGCCAGGAGAGUAUACCUCCCCAGACCGAUUCGCAGAUGCCAUCGACGCUCGUUGGCUCGAAGCGCAACACCCCCGACACCGCCAGUCUUUAUUCCACGGCCCGCGAAAACGCACAAUCAAUUGAACCAGACAGCCCCUCGGGAUCCCUCUCGAAACGCCCACGGCCUGAAAAGCCAGCUGCAAAAGUCCUUCCGCGCCGCUAUGAAGAAGUUAACCCCCGCGACCUUGUCGUGUUGAUCUCCAGCAUGCUGAUGGAACUCAUUCGCUUUAACGACCAAAUCCCCCUGCGCGAUGGGCGCCUCACUCGUUUCCAUUCCCGUAGCCCCCCUCGGAUCUCCGUGCAAGAUUAUCUCCAACGCUUGACGACACAUGCCACCCUCUCCCCUCCCAUCCUUCUAAGUAUGGUUUUCUAUAUCGACCGACUCUGUGCGCUCUAUCCGGCAUUUACUGUCUCGACUCUCACUGUCCAUCGAUUUCUGAUCAGCAGCGCAACUGUUGCCAGUAAAGGGCUCAGCGACAGCUUCUGGACAAACAAGACCUACGCAAGGGUUGGCGGGAUCAGUGUGGCGGAGCUGGCGUUGCUGGAAUUGGAGUUUCUGUGGCGGGUCGAGUGGCGUAUCGUGCCGCAACCUGAAGUACUGGAGGACUAUUAUCGAAACCUUGUCGAGCGUUGCGACGAGUAUGUCAUCCUACCAGAAGAGGAUGAUGAUAAAAUCCAUCCUACAGGGGGUGAAGCUGCCCCCGCUUCACAUGUGGCUAAUGGCGGAGAAGCUUCUUCUUCUACCAUGCAACAAUAA